AUGACCGACUCGCGCCAGAUGCCGCUACUAGCGGACGACGGGGCGAGCGGCGGAGGAGCUGGUGGAGUGAACAGUAACAACUUAAUCGGCGGAUUGUACGGCGGGCUACACGGUAGUUUCAAGAUGGGCGGGGGCAGGUGGCGGUACCUGGCGGGCGCGGGGCUUCUGGUGGCGCUCGCGCUCUUCGCGCCGCUCGCCUACCAGAUGUGGCAGCCCAGCAGCGACGUCGCCUUGAUUCCCUCGCAAUGGCAAGGCGUCAUGCGCCUAUCCACCGCGCCAACCACCGGCGACGCCUGGAGCUCACUCAUAUUCUCCGCCGCUAAUCCCGCCGGGCGCGCCGCCGCCCUUGGCGGGGAGGCGGCCAGCGGAGAGCCGUGGGAUGCGAUGGAGAUGGAGGCCUCUGAAGGGCUGUUUCUCGCCGGCGCCGCUAACGUCAUGCCGUCACCUGAUGACGUGUUUUUGGCGUCUGAUGAUGUCAGCCCGCGCAACCCAUCCGAGGAUGGGUUGCGCGGAAGAGCGGAUGAGGCGGAAAAACGGCGAAACCAAACCGGCGCAUCAACCGCGGACAUGCUGCGGGGAUCUCCCCGCGCGGAUGCGCCACCCGCAGGAACAUCGGACGGAAAAGAGAUGGGGGGGGACAGUGGCGGGGGAAGGCGGACAGGGAAGCCGUGGGGGGAGCGCAAGGGGUUUGACGCGGCGCUUCCGCGCGCGACGGUGAAGCUGCUGCGGAGAAUGGCGAAGUCGGGCCUGCCGGUUCCGCGCGACCCGUGGCUAUGCGCGACACGUGCUGCUGACGUUGAGGGAUACACGCGACCUUCAGAGGAGGUGCGCGGGCAGUACGUGUUCCGCGGCAGCACGGUGGACCUGGCGGACUGCCGCCUCUUCCACGCCGCGCUCACCACGCCCUCGCCCUUCAACGCCACCUUCUCCACCCUCUCCCGCUCCGACCCGCUGCCCCUUCCCCACUCCGAACCCUCUUCCUCCACCUCCUCUCCCUCCUCCGACUCCUCCUCUUCAUCCACCUCUCCCUCCGCCCCCUCCUCCCCCUCCGCCGCGGCUCCCCCGAUCCCCAAGAUCGCCUUCCUCUUCCUCACGCGCGGCCCCCUCCCCCUGGCGCCGCUGUGGGAGCGCUUCUUCCGCAACCACUCGGCGUACUUCAGCGCGUACAUGCACGCCGCCACGCCCGGUUACCGCGUGGAGCCCCGCGUGCGGAAAAGCCUCAACCUGCGCGCCGUGCCCAGCAAGCCCGUGUUCUGGGGCACUCUGAGCAUUGUGGAGGCGAUCAAGAGGCUUCUCGCCACGGCUCUCCUGGACCCGCACAACGUGCGGUUUGUGGUGGUGAGUGAGAGGGACGUGCCGCUGCAUGCCUUCCCAACGGUGUACCGCUACCUGCUGGCGUCCAACCAGUCGUACGUGGGCGGUUACCGCAAGUUCUUCCGCGACAACAGGGCUGCCAUCAAGGUCUUCCCGCGUGAGCUCUUGGUGGACGGCUGGAUGCACGGCGAGUGCUGGGUCGAGAUGGCCAGACCGCAUGCAAUGGAGGUGGUGCGGGACUGGGAGUGGCACGAGAAGGGGCGCGACUACUGCGCGGUGAUGCAGCGCCCCACAUGCUGUGUGGACGAGAACCUCAUCCACAACAUCAUCACCUCCAAGCAUCCGCACCAAGUGGCCAACCGCAGUGUCAUGAGCGUUGAUUGGCAAAGAAAAACAGGCCACCCACACACGUACCUCCCUCGGGACAUCUCGCCCGAGUCGAUGCGGAGCAUUCAGGAGGAGUGGCAUGAGAACCAGAAGCGGCCCUACUCGCAGCCCAUGUUUCUGCUGCCCAAGGAGUCGCAGCAGUUUGUGAUGUCCAACCGCCGGUGUACAGUGAGCGGCGAGAAUGCCACGUGCUGGCUCUUUGCACGCAAGUUCAUCGGGCUGUCGCUGCGAGCUCUCAUGGACCUUCCAAGAGAUGUUCUUGGAUAUUAG